UGACCUUUGCAAUCACGUUCUAGUAUUACGUAGAUGGGAAGGAAAUAAAGGUUUUAAAAAUAGAAAUCAGAUAAUAUGAGCAUCCUUCGGCAUUUGCGACGAAACAAAUCAGUCUGGAUGAUAUGUAGAUAGAAUCAUUGGGUUUACCAUCACGGAUUACAUGAGAGCCCUCAAUGACGUGACGUUCCACAAUGACAUGACAAAUAAGUCUUAUUAGGAAAUUUGAGAGGAAAAUUUAUCACGCAAUGGUGUACUUCGCGACAAAACAAAAUUAACUCAUUAACCUUGAACAUUCUGAGGGCCAGAAUGCUCAUAAGAUUGACGGUGUUCUGUGUCUGGUUGCCCUCAAUCGCUUCUGUAACAGUGUCAACAAAGAAUGGAGAUCUCGAAGGUUUUGUAACUUCGUACGCCAACUUUUCUUUCGCGUACAAGCACGUCAACAAGUUCCUUGGCGUUCCAUUCGCUGCUCCACCGACUUCACAGCUUAGGUUUAAGCCACCAGAACCGCCUCUUAAAUGGAAACCUAAAGUUCGUUCAGCUAAACGACACGGAAACGUUUGCUGGCAAGGCAAGGCCUAUGAAGUUCGGUUCAAAAAGUUUGUCCACAAUUUCACGUACAGCGAGGACUGCUUGUUUCUCGACAUCUACACCCCAGAUAUCAAAUCGAAACUACCCGUGAUGUUUUACAUUCACGGCGGAUCGUAUGAGUUUGGAGCUACAGUCACAUUUCCCGGGGAUAUUUUGGCUUUACAUGGGGUGGUGGUAGUCAUCACUCAGUAUCGUCUCGGGCCAUUUGGCUUCCUGACUACAGGGGAUUCUGCAUCUCCUGGUAAUUUUGGAAUGCUGGAUCAAGUCGCGGCACUUCAGUGGGUUAAAGAGAACGUUGAAAAUUUUGGCGGGGAUCCCGGCAAGGUGACCAUCUUUGGAUUAAGCGCUGGUGGAACAAGUGUGAGCCUCCAUCUACUGUCUCCAAUGUCUGAGGGCCUCUUCCAACAAGCCAUUGCAGAGAGCGGGGUGGAUUUGAGUCCUUUUGCAAUCCAGCCGACUUCCUUUGGUCUCCGCUUUGCCAAUGAGCUUGCUGGAUACCUGGACUGUCCAACGAGCGACCACAGCGAAAUGAUGGCCUGUAUUCGCCAGAAAGAAGCGAAGGAGAUACAAGACGCAUCCGACUCAAUAACCUAUAUUUUUACCGGAUACCUACGUUGGGCACCAGUUGUGGACAAAUACUUUCUUCUUGACACCCCCCGGAAUCUUCGAAACAAAGGAAAGUUUGAGAAAGCCAAAUUUAUGAUUACUUUUAACAGUGAGGAGGGUGGAACAACCUUUAGAAAUUUAGUCAACGGAUCGAGUCAGUCUUUCUUCAAAGGACACAUAACACAAUUUGCGCAUAGUCAGACCAGUAGGGAAAAAAACGCAAACCUUAUUGCGGAUGCCCUGGAGUUUAUGUACACCCCGUGGCCUGAUAAAAGCAACAAAUACGCACUAAGGGGUCAACUUAUGGACCUCUUCGGCGAUUUCGUAUUCUAUGCACCUAGUCACCAGUCCGCCGAUGUUCACAGUUCGGUUGCUCCGGUAUACAUACUCGAGUUUGCGCAUCGUUCAAAAACGGUUACUAAGCUCCCGAAGUGGAUGGGCGUGGUCCAUGGUGCCAAUAGACAUUACGACUUUGGAAUUCCUCUAAUCCCACCGUUUUCUUCCCGUUACGACGCAGAUGACAAAAACGUCAGUUUGUUCAUUAUGGCGCUGUACACAAACUUUGCUAAGUUCGGUGAUCCAACGCCACAGCCAGUCAGCGGUGUUAUGUGGAAGAGAUACAACUCAAGCUACAGGGCGUAUCUACGAGCUGACUCGAAACCUAAGAUGGCGGCGUCCUUUGCCCCGCGUCGAAUGGCAUUCUGGAAUGAUUACUAUCCAAAGCUUGAACAAGUCAAGUUUGAUACGAAGGAAUAUGUGGCUAGUGGUACCGGCGAAAAUGUAUGCAGCACAACAUUUUUUCUCACCGCUCUUUCCUUUGGCAUUUUUAGGACAUUAAAAACAGGGAUGUUUUCGACGGUUUUAGCGAAGCUUUUCUUAUUCGUGGUGUGUUUGCCUCAAAUCAAAUCAACCAUGGUUUCCACAAAGUAUGGGGACAUUGAAGGUGUUGAAAGUUUUUAUCAAAAUUCUACUGGACCAUUCAAGUCUGUCAGCAAGUUUCUUGGAGUUCCAUUCGCUGCACCACCGAUUGGAAACCUCAGAUUCAAACCACCAGAUCCUCCACGGCAAUGGAAACCAGACGUGCGUCAAGCUAAACAACACGGCAACAUUUGCUGGCAAGAUGACGACUAUGAGGUCUUCAUUCGAAUAUUCACUCAAGAUUUUGUCUACAGCGAGGAUUGUUUGUACCUCGAUAUCUACAGCCCAAAUGUAACUUUGAGUUUACCCGUGAUGGUGUAUAUUCAUGGGGGAGGUUAUGACAGUGGCACUGCAUUAAUAUUUCAAAGCGACAUGUUAGCUCUUCAUGGGGUGGUGGUUGUCGUGAUUCAAUACCGUCUCGGUCCAUUUGGUUUCAUGACCACCGGGGAUUCCGCUGCUUCCGGAAAUUAUGGAAUACUGGAUCAGGUCGCAGCUCUAAAAUGGGUCAAAGAGAACAUUAAGAAUUUUGGUGGGGAUCCCAGCAAGGUGACUAUCUUUGGAAAAAGCGCUGGAGGAACAAGUGUCAGCCUUCAUCUACUAUCACCGCUGUCAAAAAAUCUUUUCCACCAAGCCAUUGCAGAGAGCGGAGUAGAUCUGAGCUCAUUUGCAACUCAACCAACUUCAAUCGGUGUGCAUUUUGCCAAAGAGCUUGCCAAAAAACUGGACUGCACAACAAGCGAUCAUACCUUAAUGGUUGAUUGCGUACGCGGUAAAGAAGGCUCGGAAAUACAGAAAGCUGCGGAAUCAGUGAAGAAUACGCAUCAUCAGUACGUCCGUUGGGCUCCAAUCGUGGAUAGGAAUUUUCUCGAUGACUCUCCCCAACAGAUGCGUAGAAGAGGAGAUUUCAAGAAAGUGCCGUUGAUGAUAAGUUUCACCAGCAACGAGGGUUCAACUUUUCUUGGCCCCGUAGCGAAAUCUUCUUUCGGACUCACAGAGAAUGUGAACAACGGUGUAAGCCCGUCAUACUUUAAGAAGUUUGUAACAAGGCUCGCACAUGCUCAAAGCAGCAGAAACGAAACCGCUGUCCUUAUCGCAGACGCGCUGGAAUUUAUGUACACCCCAUGGCCUGACAACAGUGACAAAUAUGCACUAAGAAGUCAGCUUGUCGACCUAAUUGGAGAUUACAUCUACUUUGCACCAAGUCACAAGGUGGCCGAUAUUCACAGCAAAUACGCGCCAGUUUACAUGUACGAAUUCGCACACCGUUCAAAGACAGCGAGUCCCACGCCAGAGUGGAUGGGUGUGGUUCACGACGCAAACGCGCCUUUUGACUUUGGCGCUCCUUUGACGUUACCUUUCUUUGAUGACAUCGACAAAGACAUUAGUUUGACGAUCAUGGAACUGUAUACAAACUUUGCCAAGUAUGGCGAUCCAACACCACUGCCAGUCAGCGGUGUUACGUGGGAGAAGUACGACUCAAGUCACAGAGCUUACAUCCGAGUUGACAACAAAUCCAAGAUGGCCGCUUCAUUUGCUCCUCGUCGAGUGGCAUUUUGGAACAAUUACCAUCCUAAACUAAUUCAAGUCGGCUUUGGUACAAAUAUCAAUAGCGCUAGUGCCAAAGUUGCCAGUAUUCAUGUCUUGCCCACGCUUGCUUUGACAAUUUUCAAAAGUCUUUGCUAAUCUCUAACUGUUUUGCCUCACCAUGAUCAGCAAGUCCACUGAUUUAAACCAUCGUACUAAUUUUCUGUUUUUAGCAAACAGUUAAGGGGGAGAGAAGGGGGCUUGAGGGUUUUUGGUUAUGUCACAUAAAAUCUACUUUAUCCCCCAUAAUGCUCCCCGCCAUCAUUGGCAGUUAAUUGGCAGUCAAUUUUCUGAAGCUUUCCCUUUAUUAUCUGUUCGUGAAACCCUAUGAUCCGCCCCAAAAAUCCUCCACCCCCCCUCUCCCACGCGAUUAAUAAUGACUCUUGCCUUAGCCACGUCACUUUUGAAGCGGAGUUUACAUCAUAACGACACCGAAAGUCUUCCAAAUCAAAAGUUGUGUUAUCAUAUCAAACUUGAACACGGCUUUUUUUUUUCUUGUAUGGUUGUGUUUUAAAAAUACCUGUUAUAUAAUUCUCCUGAUUUGUUCGAUUUACUAAAUUUCUUUGGUAAAAAAUGAGAUUUUACAAUACAAUACUGAGAACCUAAGAUUGAUUAGGGUACUUGUCAGCACGCUUUUCGUAUUUAGAUGCGCGCGCGAACCGUGUAGCAUGCAUUGCACGUCCAAAAUGACUGAUUACUACGUUCCUGAAUAUUAAUUAAGUCUCUGAGUGGAAAGUAAGGUUGUUGAAAUCUUAAAUAUCUGAGACAAGGAGAGAGAAAGCUUCGUCAAGGUUGAAUGAAUCUUACAUGCCAAUAAUCGUAUACUAAGCAUGAUGCUGACAAAUAAGUAAUAGACUCCAUGUGGCGUGAAAAUAUGCUCGGAUAGUUGUUCACAGACAUUAUCUUUACCAAGAUGCGCAGAGAUUUCCGAGAGCGAAGCUCGAAGAAAACUGAGCUGCAAAGAACAGAUAACGUCCAAGUACUUAUUCUCGUGCCAAAUGGAAGUUAACAAACAAACAUCUUACGAAUAUUUUGUAACGCACUGGAAAAAUGUUUACGAAUAGGCUAUCGUUUAAGGCGUGGGAUGUUCACUUUUCAGUGCCCACUGGUACUAUUUUAUAAACAAUAAUGUCUCUUCUUCUGUAACAACAGCGAAACGCUCUCUCAUCUUGAGUCAAAUUUAAGAUUACUUCAGAGUUUUCCGUGGAUGUAACGUUUGAAAAGUAAGGAAACAUCCCUUGGGGUAUAUACAGCACUAGAUAUUUCCCAGUUUUAGCUGGGGCAUAUUCUGUCAUGUGAUGCGUCAAAACCUACAUCGCGUGCGAGCAAAAACAUUGUUGGGUUAAGAGUUAGGUAAUAUUUCCUCA